AUGAGAAGUCGCCCGGUCUGUUUAAUCGCUCACUGCAAGAAUGAAUGUGUCAAACCAUUUCCAGUGAUCCCCAUUCGUGAGGGAAAUAAUUGGUUCCCUCGGUCGUCUCCCACUUCGGGCUUAUUCUGGGCUCCUUUCACCCAUAUCCACCACUAUUGCCUGGCCCAGACUUGUCACCAACCUCAACCUGCCCCUCUAUCAAGCUCCAGUGCGGGGCUGGUGGAUGGACCAGUCCAGGGUUCAACAUGCUGGAUGAGCGCAUGCCGUGCGCACCACAGCAAAAAGGAGCUUUUUGGUGAGCGCGGCUCCGCGGCCUUUGGAGGGGUCAUCCAGGUUUCGUUGAUAGACGCGGACGUCCUACAUUAA